CUACAGAACAUCUGCCUACUGUAUGAUGAUGUGAUUGCAUCACAAGUCAUUGGGUGGGAUUUGCAAGUUGAAGUGAAGGGUCACUACCAUAGCCACAUAUGAUAGCCUGACAAAACUGAGUCAAACCUGACUGGAGAGCGCUCUGGUUGAGCCUCUAUGGAACAUUCAUUGUUUGUAUUGGACUCUUAGAACAAAUGUGAGCAGCUUACAAUACAUUAUAGAGGAGUUAAGGUAAACCCAUCAGUUGACUUCUCUGGUUUGGGGAGCCCACCUUGAAAGUGGUAUUUGAGGCUUAUGUUGUUUGAAUAUGGAUGGUAAUAUCUUCUAACCAGUGUUCGAAAUUUGCCAGGUGCCUUUUAUACUUGACAGCCGUUUACAACCAAGUGAAGAUGCCUGGGUGCCAGGAUGCCACCUGAUAUCUUCACCCUUUGGAGAUGCAUGUCUGGGAAUCAUUGAAUCUUGACUGUUUUCAAACACUAAUACCACAUCCUGUAAAAUUAUAUCAGUUAUAUUUUAUCUGCACAAUCAGAAUUUCAGGAACCAAAAUGUUUUUUUCUGUGUAGCCUGAGCAAGAGCAGUGAUCAAUGUUGUAGUUACGGUAAGUGUAACACUCUACUCUCUAAUUAUUCCCAGAAAGUGGCAUUCAGAGGCAUACUGUCACAGCGUACAGAGCUAAGCCAAGGUUUUGGUUGGUGUGUUGUCUGAACUGGGACUCGUUAACCUCCCACCUCACCAAGCACAAUCUGUAGCCUAAGUUUGUUUACUUGGCAGCAAAAAUGAACAGGUAGGAGCAAAGUGGCCACAAGCUCAUCUCCAAGAACCUGCACAUUCAUGAGAUACCAGUGUGCCAAAGUUUGAAUUACCAUUUUCUGCAAACCUGGCCAGCAACUGUUAGUAGCUGUCAGCCAAAGACAAUACAUUGGAAAGGAAGAGAAAGUGCAUAAGAACCACUUAAAGUACAAUGUGCUUUCACUGCAAACAGAACCCUCAGGAUACUUUGCAUGGAUAUGUUUUUCACUGUGGAAACUGGAUAGCCAUUAAUGUUUGUAAUUUUAUGACCCGUCCAAAAUUGAACGCAUGAAUCAAUAAUAAUAUUAGCACUAGAUCUUCAACUGCUUCCACAUCUUGUUGGUAAUUCACUUCAUGUGUUUCUUAAUGUUAGAACUGGAUGCAUUUAUGGCCUUGAUUUUAUUUGUGCACCUAGUCUCUUUGAACUCCUUGGACCCAGAACCUAAAUCUGCUUGAGGAUUAUAGGCUUCAUUGUUAUUGCAAAGUUAAAGGAGUGUUUCAUUUGUUCAAAACUAUUUUGUUCCGGCUUGGACAACUUUUAUAAAUUACUUUACAAUCUAUUUUGUGGGGUGGGUGGGAGAGAAUAUUAGUAGACAUAAGAACAACAUUAUUGAUACGAUCUCUCCCAUCUACAGGUGGCUGACUUCACAUCUGUAACAAUGUCCAGCAUAAUAAAAGAAAGACUUGAACUUCAAAUGGCAGAAUUAGAAAUGCUUUUUUCUAUGUUUCCUGAUAAAGGAGAAAUAGCUCUUCAGGAUGAAAAUAAUUUCCUUAAUGCUCAGAAAUAUCUGAACAAUACAAGAGAAAAUCUGCCACAUAUAAUUGAAUAUUCAGUUGCCGUUACUAUUGAUGAACCAAAGGCAAGAGUAAAUUUGCAGGUAGCCUUACCGCAUGACUACCCCCAGGUGCCACCACACCUUUUUGCAAGAUCAAGUGCUGUAGACAGGCAGCAACAACUGGAGCUCAACAAGGAUCUCGCUUCUUACAUUGCUUCUUUGGAGCCAGGAGAACUUUGUGUAUGUGCAGCUGUGCAAUGGUUGCGAGACAACAGCAUAAGCUACUUACAAAACAGCAAACUCCACUGCAAAAAUGUGCCAAGGGAGAGCGUAGUUAAAACAUUAUUCAACCGGAUGUGGAUUUACAGCCACCACAUCUAUAGACAAGAACUAAGGAAAAAGAUUUUUGAUUGUGCAAAGAAAUUAAAUCUGACUGGUUUCUGCCUAACUGGCAAGCCUGGAAUCAUUUGUGUGGAAGGUGUCAAAGAAAACUGUGAAGAAUUUUGGCACGUUAUUAGAUAUCCCAACUGGAAACACAUUUCCUGCAAACAUGUCGAGAAUAGAGAGACUGAUGGAAAUGGGGAUAACCUACGUCUCUUUCAGACUUUUGAAGAUUUACAGUUUCAAGCCCAUGGUGACUACGGCCUGAGGAAUGACUAUCACAUGGACCUUGGUCAGUUCCUAGAAUUCCUUAAGGGUCAUCAAAGUGAACAUGUAUUUCAGAUCUUGUUUGGCAUUGAAGGCAAAUGUUCUGACAACUAACAAGCUAUGUUUUUAAUUUUCUUGUCUCUGUUAAUAGAAAUGAAAUCCAUCUAUGAAUCUGCCGCAAGAAAAUAAAAGUACAGUAUGGAUGAGUGAAAGUGACAAGUAACUUAAAAGGGGCAUGCACAGAAUCUUUGUUUAGUAUUUGAACGGUUGGCACAUCAGUUUGUAAUUUUGUUCAGAGCAAAACUUCUCAAAUUGGCUGCAAGAGUAAGGGGGCUUGAUUUGUACUGAGCCAGACAAAUGCUGCAUCUAAAUCCAAUCCUGAGAGGCAUUAUUCCCCACAAUCUAAGGUGUCCAGGGGAAGGAGUGGACAGUAUUUUUGAGGUGAAGGGGGAAAUGGUUGAGGGCACUAGCAGUGGCCAGGGCCAAAGUGAGUGGGCACACCUCUUUUUCUCUCUCUUUCCUUAACCUAUCAUCAAUUCCAUCCCUUCUAUUCAUUUUCUCUCACAUUCACAGUAAUCCAUUCACUCCCCAUUUCCCUUGUAUUGCCAUCUCCCCCAUUCACACACACUCCUUUCAGCUUUCCUUCCAAGGUAGGUGGGGGAACGAUGCUCCUUUUUCCAACCUAGAAAUGAAGGAAAGGAAGCUGUUGGGGCAGGAAUUGAGUAAUCUGUUUCGCCACUGGUAGCUCACAGUAGAUGCCAAGUAUGUAUUGGGGACAAGGUUGUAGGAGACAGAGGGCUGCACUCAGGUUGUCCAUCUGUGCUUUAGCGCUUCAAAUACAAAUAAUUUCCAGUGCCGUUAACUAAAGAUUGCAGAUAUUCAAGCUGAGCCACAAAGUAGCAGGUUCACAAAACAAUUAUUUUUGUUAUCUCAGGCCCAAACUGUACAAAGACUAUAUAUUAGAAGAUGCAUAAGCACCUCUUUGGACCAGACAUUGCAUAGUUCACAUGCUCAUUCACUAAGGCAUGGAUAGUUAUGCUAUGGAACAUCCAGUAACCUUCCUCUUCGUCAUUGGUUUGCCAACUGGCUUCUCUGUGAAAAAUGUGCACAUGCCUAGCAAACUACUGACCUAAACUACUUUUCCUUGACUAGGAACAUUUGAUCUGGCAUCAAAAAACUUCUGGUUAGAAGUACUUAGCUUUUUAUCUUGCUUUUUCUAUAGGUGUCACCAGAAAAAAACAUUAAAAGAAAUAGCUGAGACACUUUUAAACUGAUCAUACUGAUGAUAUAUUGCUUUAUCAUUUGUUUGCAAUAUCGCAGAACUGUAAUAUAUGACCAUAAUUUCAUACAGAUGUCUAUGUAUAUGAAAAGUACAUUUUAAAUGUGCUUCUACAGUACUGCUCUGUCAUAAAUUUAGCAGAG